GGGGGGCUGUACUUGCUGAUCUAUACACCUCUGCUCCUCUAACUUUACCUGAGGAUCACCAGCUCUAGUGGCCUCGACGGGGACAGGAAUACGGCUGCAUGUCACAGGGCCCCAUUGUUCUUGGGGGAUUAUUUUCCGGUUUAAUUUUGAACUGCAUUUCGCGCUUAUGGCUUCGGCGGGGUAUUGUAGAGCCAUGGACACCGUUGAGGAUGCAGAGAAGGCUGUGGUCGAGAAGCUGACUAGUGCCAAGGAGUUCAAGCAGAAGGGUAAUGAACACUUCAAGGACAAGCAGUUGAAGAAAGCUAUUAAGAGUUACCAUAGUGGGUUGAUGUAUAUGAAAGGAAUUGAACAGGAUCUGAACCCCAACAAACUACUUAGAAGGCAAUGUACUCCAACUAUGUCAGAAGAAGUUAAAGAGGAAAUUUCUGCUCUCACAGCUGAUCUACACAAUAAUAUUGCAGCUUGUUUACUAAAACAAUGCCCAGUGAGGUAUGAACGAGUAAUUGAGUGCUGCAAACAAGUGACGGAGCUUCAGCCAGAUAAUGUGAAGGGUUGGUAUCGCCUCGGUUUAGCACACUCCCACCUCCAUGACUAUGAUGCCGCUAAAAAGGCCCUCGAGGAAGCUAAUAGAAUAGCAGAUGGACAAGAUAUGGCAGUGAAGAAGCUGAUAUCAUCAGUGGAUCAAGAGCUUAAAAAAGAGAAUGAGAAAUUUAAUAAUAUGUUUAAAAAACAAUUUUUUGUAUAAGAAAGGAUAUACAGUAUGUAUAUAGCAAGAAUUUCUUUAAAGUUAUUUGAUCUCUAAAAUAACUUGCUAGCUUUCAGAUUCAAACGGGCUCUAUCUCAAUUUUUUUCUUCAAUGUACGAACGUACAAAAGACUGCUUGAAAAUAAUUAAUAUGCCACUUGUUAUGUUGAAUUAUUUGUUACCUGUCCUUGUUAGUGGGGUUGAAGCACCUGCGUCAAGGAUAAUAGAAUAAGACAUUUAAUUUUCUGAAAAUAUAUGUGCAGUUUUAAUAAUCAUGUACAGUAUUAAGUAUAGAAUAUCAAAUAUAGUUGAAUUUGAUUUCCAAUUCUUAUGAAUAAUAAUAAUUGUGAAGAGUGUUUUAAAGCAUUGUGAUAUACCUUGGUUCUCACUCGUGUAUAACAAGUGACUGGGGAAAACUUGCACAGAAAGAAAUGUUGAGUGAAAGUAGAAGUCUGUAGCAUAUAUACUUGUUAUAACCAGUAACUACCAAACCACAUGUAAUGUGAUAAAUGAUUAGAGUUGUGCAGUUUUUUAUCGAAAGAUGUAAGAAAAGAAAUGGCAAUUUAGACAUCACCCUUGUCAAGUGUCCAUGUCAUUGUUUCGAGUGCUCAGCCAUCGACAUUAAGUACUUACUGUAUGUGUCUUUCUAUAUUCCUGUGGCUUCAUGCAACCUUGCAUCAGUCCUAGGUUAUAAUUUCUUUGGCAGUUUUGUUUUAAUAAAUAUUCAUGCUUA